AUGUUCCGGACACAACAGAUCCUCAUUGCCUUGGUGCCUAUGGCUCUACUGCCUUCCCCAGCAGCAAUAGACAGUCGAGUAAUGGCUUUGAACAAGAGAAACGAGGACUGGGGGGGACCAAUGGCACCCUAUCCGCCAUCUAUGGGCCUUGAGCUAAGGCCAAAUCAUCAUCAGCAACAACAGCCACCGCCUCUACCUAUGGCACCACCUUUACCAUUGUCUUCUCCUCAUUUACGACAGCCAAUGGAGAAUCUAGGGGCUUUCUAUCAUUUGCAGCAUCAACAGCGGCUUUAUCAGCAACAGGAAUUUAGAAGGAGACCUGAUUUCAACUCAGAAUUAAGCUCAUUAGCGUCUUUAGGUGGCCUUGAGCUUAGUGGACAGCACAGAAGAGUGGACAGUGGACUUGAUUCUGUGCCUUUGAGUCUUGAAAGUACAAGACAUUUAGGCACGCAAAGUGUGGGGUCGUCAAAUGGAGACAGACGUAAUUAUGAUCUUUCCAAUGCAAUGCUCAGUCUGGAUUUAGGUCAAGGGACGCUAGGCGAUAGCUCUGAACGUGGAGUAUUUGGAGGAAGAGGUGAAUGGAGCGAGACGUCUGCAAGUCUCUCGUCAGCAUUAUCUUCGACGUCGUCGCUACGUGAUCAGAUGAAUGUACAGAUGGCUGCAUUGUAUCAACAUCCGAUGCCUGUGAGCAACGACCGGCUAAUGACUCAAUCUACACAGCACCAGCGGCAACCGCAAGUGCAUUCAGGCCAUCACUUGUCAAGUGGGCUUAGCCAUGACAACAAUGGUAGUCAUACUCGCUUUGAAGGGCGAGAGUUGUAUUCUCCGUAUCAUGUAAACAUCCCCGUUGGCAGUAUGCAGUCACCAGCGUCUGGUGAAUUAAUAGGUUUUCCUGCGUCUAAAUCGAGCAAUAAGUCAGGUCAUGGUGACCUUGCAUCUGCGAUGCCACCUUCAAUGAAACAUCACACGAAAAGUUCCACUUCAUCGCGUACGCGCCGCUCUCCAGCAAAAUCGUCGCAAUUUUCUCGUGAGAACUCGACAAUCUUGGUGACGGGAGGCCAGGGCAAUUCAAUCAAUGUGUCACCACAUGUCACAAAGCCCAACGACAACAUUAAAGUACAAGUUUCUCUUCUAGCUGAAGAAUGCAUUAUUGGACGAGUGCUCCUUGUGGGACUUUUUCGUCUUGGACAGGCAACAAAUGAGAAGCCAAUUUUUGUGAAACAAGUCCUGUUUGAAAGCAAGCUGCACCGAAAUUACCGUUAUAUGAAUACUCGUAUUACAUUCCGUGCCCCACGCUCUCCCGGUGAGUUUGAGUUCCGUGUGUUUGAAGACAAAAAGGGCCACAGUUAUCAAAUCAAUGGCAAACGCCAUGGUCAUUCAAACGACGAUCAUCACGAGAGUCAUAAGGUGUCUUACUCGAAUUUGAUAAUCGCGCGUAGUAACCGACUAAAGGUUUGCUUGGAGUACAGCCAUUUCAUUGACACGUUGCGUGCAACGCUUGAUAAGUUCCAGCAAGGAGUGGUUGAGGGCGAUGCUGGAUUAGUGUUAAGUGCACUCCUUGCGUUCAUGCGACUUGUAGACCAGGUGGAGACUGUUUUUCUUCACGGUCAUGCUCUGUUGAGUGAACUAUUGGAGGCUUGUCUGCGGCUACUGAAGCUUCGUGCUGACGAUAUUACUGGGUCGUUCACGGCGACCGAGACGAUUCCGCAUCCAAUGGAGACUUUCCACGGCAUGCUGCGCAACGUUUUAAAUGCUGUUGAGGCAAACAAAUACGUAAGAGAGCUAGUGGCAGGUGACCAACUUGCUGAGAUUGCUUGCGUCCAACGUGAACGUUAUUGCCAAGUGUGUGGGCUGUACUUUGCUAACGACGGUGACCGUUGUGCUUAUUGGCUGGAGCACUUUGGUUUUAAGCCGAUUGAGAGUACUAUUUCGAGUUUAAAUGGCGAUAGUAAGGGUAAGAUGCUGCACAACGCUCCGUUUGUGACACAUGUGGUGACUCGGUGGGUAGAACGAAAGGCGGCCGUUCUUAUGCCAAACCGCGCUGCAUUUCGUGCGUCGCGUCAAUUAAUCUACGAUCAAGUGCAUGCUGAAGUUAUUUCGAAGCUAUCGUUCACGUGUGAUCUGGACGUGUUUGGAUCGUCGGCUAAUGACUUUGGUAACGAGCACAGUGACAUGGAUAUGUGCCUUGUAUUGCCCGAAGCGUACCUUCCGACAGUGGAAGAGAAGCGGCGCAUGCUGCUGGAAGUUGUUGCACGCGUUGAGUCACGUCCGGACUUGUUUACAUUGGUGGAUAAGACGCGGCUGACGGCGCGCAUCCCAAUCGUUAUGUUCGUAUCACGCGCAUCUGGCAUCGAGUGUGACUUGUGCGUUGAGAAUCGGUUGGCACAGCGCAACACUUCUCUACUUCGUGCCUACGCUAGCGCUGACCCCCGCGUGCGCAUAUUGGCGUAUGUGAUCAAACACUUUGUUAAGCAAAGGCGCAUGAAUUGUGCCGCUGAGGGCACGCUCUCAUCGUACGGCUAUUUGCUCUUACUUAUCCACUUUCUCCAGCGCCAAAAUCCACCUGUGUUGCCUGUGCUGCAGGCUUUGCCACCAAAUUGGCCAGAUGAACCUCGCGAAGAACUGCCAAGGGUAGUUUGCCGUGGCCCAAGCGACGAAUUGGAUCCGUCAGCAAGCAAUGGCACAGAAGGCGCUAGCGGUAUUGAUACAUAUUUCUACGAUCCGUUCGCGUUUCGUAAAUCGAGUGAAAAAUUAGCUUCUCUACGCAAUUGCUGUGCGCGCAACACGCAGGCCGUUGGCGAACUAUUGCUAGGUUUCUUUCGCUACUUUGGAUUGCAGUUUGAUGCUUCGCGUGAUGUUGUAAGUGUUCGUCAUCCAGACGCUGGCAUUGUUACCAAAGAUGAAAAGCGACUCGCUUGCCAGUGGCGUUUCUCGACGCGGCUGAGCAUCGAAGAUCCGUUUGAAGUGGGCUACGAUGUGGCUCACGUGCUCAAGGGCUCACGUGACAAAUACAUUCGCCAACAGUUUGUGCGAGCGUACGUACUGCUUAUGGAUGGCGCUAUCCUACAUGAAAGCAAAAAAGCUGAGGUGCAUGAUAGCCAGAAUGAGCUAGAUGCUGACGACGAAAUUGUUGAGCGGAUCAUGUCGAUCGUGAACGAGCACGUGCUGGAGGUGCCUUUCUUGCAAGCACCCUCUCAGCCGACUAUACCUGUACCGAUGCAGAUGCCAUGUGAGGGCACUUGA